CUUUUAAACAAUUACUAAUAUUUAAAUACAAAAAAAUGAAAUUAUUACUUACUUUCCUUGUAAUUUUACUUACAUUCUCUGCUUUUGUUUCUGCUGAAGAGGCUUACUUUGCUUUUAAGACACAUGGAAGCCAUCAUGACUUUGUAUUCAAACUAACUGACCCAAAGAAAAUUAAAAUGGCAAGGGACAUUUUAUCAGGAGAGGAAACUGAAAAUGUACACGUAAUGGGAAGAAUUAGAAAGACUGGUAAAGACUAUAACCCACAUUACAGCUUCCAUUUAGAUCCAGAUCAAACUUCCUUUUUCAAUAUUGCUAUUGAAGUUUGUGAUGCUACCCUUCAAUAUACUGAAGACUAUCUUGAUGAAGCUUGUGGUGCUUUCUUACCAGGUUGUAUCUUCUGCCCAUGGUCAAGUAAAUUAACCAAAGAAGUAAAAUUAUAAAGAUUAAUAUCAAAACUCAUAUGUCCAACCAAUAUUGGAUAUUAACUCCCAAAGAAGAAUUUAAAUUAAAAAUAAAAUAAAAUAAAAAAAAUAAAAUAUUUAAAUUUAAAC